AUGUCCUUUGCGGACUACGAAGCUGCCGGCUGGCACCCUAGGCAUGUUCAUAGCCAUCAGCGCCAUCACACCGUGACCGCGAGUCCCGUCCCGACAUACGUAAACAGGAGCGUUCCAACUUAUAGUCUAGCAGGCCAGGAUCAGGCAUCUCAUCCCAGUAACCUAGCUUCUCCGCGGUAUUCCCCGAAUGUUCAACCAUGGAAGAGGCAGCAGCCACAGAACUCUCUCUCCUUCAUCCGAUCAACAUCUCCGCGCGCCGAGCAGUCUGAGUAUACCGUAUCGCAACCAAGACGUUCAGCAGACCGCGGCACGACCUCUAUUUCACCUUUUCGAUCGGUGCGCAAGAUGAAAGAACCUUUCCAACUUCGUCUCCCAGCAUCCCCUUCUUUCGAGAAUGGUUCAGCUCCUACUCGGGAGUCACCGACCACUUCACGACCUCCUGAAAUUCGGACACUGCGAGCCUGGCGAUCAGACCAGAACCUCACGGCCUCGACCCUAGAGACAUUCGGCCUUCUCCCGAGUCCUCCAUUAUCUGACACUCAACGCUCCCAGGCUUCACUGGCGUCUACAUACUUCUCUUCGAAACCAGGGUCUGAGAUUGACAACGAUCGAGAAGCUGAUGACUGUACCUGCCAUCCUCGAACAGCUUCCUGUCAACACUGCACUCCUCAGACACCUGCAACUGACGUAUCCGUUCAAGAGUGCUCGGGUGAGGCGACCAAUGUACACAUGGCACAUUCCAACCUUGUGAAACAAUGUGAGUUGGGCAAUAUGCAGUUCAAUCCUGCAACAACGGAUUCAAGAUGUAUGUCACCCCGUGCAACCUGCUCGGGUACAGACUCGGUAGGGGUGAGGAACUUUUCUGGAUCAUCUUCGAGGGCAGAGCGGAGUAGGUCUGGCACAGUCUCGAGUGAGGGUAGUUGGGUCCCAAGCAGUCUCUCAUAUUGCGAGACAUGGCUCCAGGGAGCUCCAAUGGAGUCGGCAGAGAAGGAAGCCGGCAAAUCCAAGGUUUCUAAUCGAAGGAAGUUUCAAAUUGUUCAAAAGAGCCCGUUCGUUCCGGACUGGAAUCGUGAACAUAAUGAUGCGAUGCUCGCGGUAAAAAGCAAAACAAAGCCUAAGUUGGUUGAUAUCUCUCGACAAUCCUCUCCAGCAAUGAGCUACUCGCUCCCUACUCCGACAAGUACCAUACCCGCCACACCCGAUCACAGUCUGCCAGAGGUUUCGGCCUUUAGUCCUGACACGCCACUGGAAAUGUCCGACAGCGGAUAUUCUACGCAUAGUUCCACUUACUCUUCAAAGGGAGAUUGUGACGAUAAAGAAGAUGAAUAUACAGACUCGAGCUCUGUCGCUUCAGAAGCCGCCAGUGAAACCAUCACCUGUGACCAAACACGAGAAAAUGCGGACAGCUCGGAGACAAAUCCAAAACCACAUCCACAUAAAUCCCUUCCGUCGCCGCGAAUACAUGCAUCUUCCGACGCCUCGUCGACAAGGUCUGACAAGGAAGAGUUAGAGAAGUGGUGGGAUCAUGAGUGGACGAUAGACCAGCUAGAGCACUCAGUCAAAGACUUUCCACAGAACAUGCUCCGCCUUACCUCUCCAGUUGUCAUGUUCCUGCGUCAAAAUCACGAACGGGCCCUACUACGCCCUUUCCGCCAAAUAUUCCCCGACGCCCCUCAAUCGCUUCUCGAUUCUCUCUGUGCUGUUUUGAUUGCGAAAAACUAUCUACUCUCUUUGCCGUCGCUGUGCCGCAGAACACUUAAUGGGCCGCCUCGUGCCCAGGUUUCAAAGCUAGACACGGUGCCGGAGAAGGCUACUUCAAUUCUUGGAAUGAAGUUUGCGCAAGCUCCGCCUUUGCGUAUCCGGGACGAGGUGCUUGGAUCUCGAAGCAGCAAACUUAACCAAGAUCUCGAUCGAAUUGCGGAUAACCUUCUAUUUACACUCCGAGGCCCUCAUGACGAGGCCCUCAAGUCGUCCGUGCUAGUUCUAAUGCAGGUCCUGGAGACCAAAGCAUAG